GUCUUCACCUGAGAAUACGAGCCCGCCGAAGGAAACUCCUGCAACUGAUUCUCAGGAUUCUGUUAAUACCAUCAGUACAUCACAAGCUACGGAAGGCUCCGUUACAGUUAGGCCAACCGUUAGCGAUGCAACUACUUCCGAGGAUUUCACAAUGGUGUCAACGACUAUGGAACCGAGUCUCGUCACAAAUUCUGAACAGUCCGGAAGUAACAAGUAGCGAUUCUUCCGCGCCAACCACAGAGGACGACCACAGUUCAGGCCAGACCGAAGUGACUGAUCAAAGUGAAACCACACUAUCAAGCAUUUUGUCGUCGAUUCAGAGCACUUUGUUCUCUACAAGUGGGUCACCAUCGUCAGCAAAUGACCAGACGACCGAAAUCGUACCGACUAGUACCGACAAGGUUCCAACCACUGCUGUGUCACAAACGGAAGAGCUUCACGUCACGACAAUGAGUGAAACUAUCACAAGUGGCACAGAACUGGCGAUUUCCACAACAAAUGCAGAUGCUGGGACAACAACUCAAAAUGUUUUUACCAUUCCAACUAUCCCCACAACAACUGCUAGUUCUGUUAGUGUUACAACUAGCCAAGACACAACCAUUGCUGUUGAGGAAGAUUUGAGUCUUGGAACAACAUCUCAUUCUACUAGUAGCCCAACAACUGCUGGUGAAUCCGUAACUUCAGAAGGCACAAGCAUUGAUAUUGAGUCGACCAGUGUUAUUAGCUCCACCGAAGCCAGUAGUCCGUCAACAACGGAGGGGCCAUCUAGUCAGGAAACAACUCAAGAUAUCACGACCAUAUCGACGGAGCAGAAACCUUCAACAACAGACAGCCAGUCUAGCGGCCACGCCGAAGAGAUGACGACUGUUUCAUUUGCUACGACCUCUGUGAUAGCGCAAGAAAGUACUCAGUUUGAGCAAGAACAAUUUCAAACUGACGUACCAGUAUUUGAAACUACAACAGGGGCAAUCAAAGAUCAAACAGAAUCGCUGGUAACGGAUACAGUCACGACCGUAGAUAGUGACGACGCCAUCACUCAAAGCUUCACUACUUCUGAACAUGACACAAUAUCAACAACGAUUCUUCCGAUAGGUCCAGUCUCGACCACGUUUUCGCCUGUAACAAGCCCUCAGCAGGAGAACUUAGUAAAUGACACCGUCGGUUUGGAAACGACGAUGGACAUUCAACAGGUUACCGAUGGUACUGUAACAAGUAGACCAACUAGUGGAGACAUGGUUAGUGAAAGCUCCGGUGUUUCCGUAUCGACAACUGAACCACAAACUACUGAAUUUGCAACACAGUCGGAAGCUGCAACUACUGAAGCUUCUUCGAUCGGCGAGCAUCAAACUUCGACACUAUCCCAAUCGUCUGAUCAAAAUGAAGAAACUACGUUGUCUAGCAUUUUUUCGACAAUUCAUAGCACAUUGUCUUUCGCAACUGGUUGGACAACACCAGCCAGUGAGUCGACAACCGAAACGACUGACAUUGUAACGCAACCACACCCAACAACACUGGCCAGUGUCACUUUGAGUAAUGUGGAACAAGUUUCUACUUCAACUCCUGAUGAAUCGAUUUCUGAAACAAGUCCUGAUGUUGGCACGACAGCUUCCAGCCUCGUUACCUCAACUACUCUAAUUGAUUCAACUGACUCCGUUAGUACAACAGCUGGUCAAGAAACAUCUCCGUCGUUUCCGGAAGAUGUGAGUCCUGGAACAGAACAACAGUCCUCAGUUGUCACAACUUUUCCCAGUGAGUCCGCAAGUUCAGAAUCCUCUACUAUUGGGAGUGAGGCGACCAUGUUUUUCAGUUCUACAUCACCCACUGUCCCGACAACAACUAGUGGAUCACCAAUCCAGGAAACAACUUUCGAUGGUGUGACGCACAUGUCGAGCGUUAUUUCUGAAGGAACUACAAACGGAGGUGACACUACUACUGCUUCGUCGGUCUUGAUCUCUACAGUAGGACAAGAAACCACACAAUUUGAACAGAAGCCUCAGCAGACGGAAUCACCAACAGUGGAAGGAUCAACUGAAAAGUCUACCAAUCCAACAGAAUCGGUGGAGACAUCAUUUACUACAACGGUUGAUAGCAAUGUCCCAGUCACUCAAGAGAGUUUCACGUCUGACUUAAGCACACCUUUGUCAUCCGAGUCCUCAACAGACCCGAUGACAACGACAUCUUUACCUGAUCUAACCAGCCCUUCACAUGGAAAUGAGAUCGAUUCUCUUGCUACGGAAAGUACGAUCAGUACAUUACAAGCUACCAGUGGUUUGGGUACAGCUACCCCUACUAUUAGUGAAGAAACUACUUCUCAGAGUUCCACUUUGGCUUCAACUACAACUGAGCAACAGACGACCGUUACAGAAGUAGUCACGGAAUCUGAAGUCAUAAGUACUAGUGGUUCUACGUCAGUGACGGAGAGUGAUCAAACUUCAGGAUCCAAACCGUCCGCUCCAAGCGAAACGACCACCUUGUCAAGCUUGUUAUCGUCGAUACAAAGCACGUUGUUCAGUACUGAAUGGACGUCAUCAACAGAGGAGCAAACCAGCGAAAGUACAACGAUCAAUGCUGGCCAAACUUUAUCUACUGCUGAAGCUCACACAGAAGAAUCUCAGACCGCAACAUCGAGUGUCGCUCCUGUGAAUGUCCCAGACACAGAGGAUAUAGCAACCACUGAAGGAAGUACUGACAUUGGUAGCACGAUUUCUACCGUGUUAGCUUCGUCUACCACUCCAGCGCCUGCUUCUAGUCCGUCCAGUGCCACAGAUGGUCAGGAAAUAACAACUGCUGCACAGGAAGAUGUGAAUCUUUUGACGGAAACUCAGCCUCCCACUGCUACCACGACCCCCAGCGAAACUGUUACUUCCGGAAGCACAAACGUUGAAACAGAAUCGACAAUUUCUUUCGGUUCCACGCAAUUUUCCAAUCCGACGACGACUUUUGGUUCAACGAGUCAAGAAACUACUUUGGUAGAUGUGACGACAUUGUCGAGUGUGCAGGAAUCCACAUCGACCGAAAGUUAUUUUAGCGCUUCGACUGAAGAUGGGGGAAGUACCACCACAUCGACUUUUACCUCAUCAACAUUCGAGGUGAUAACCGAACUAUCCACAGAUCCCACUGAAUCGGUGGAGACAUCGGCUACCACGAUGGUGGAUAACAAUGUCCCAAGUACUCAAGAAAGCUUCACAUCUGACGUAAAUACACCGUCAUCAUCCGAGCCGUUGACAGACUCGCAUGUAACAACGUCUUCGCCUGAGACAACAUUUUUUCCAGAGGAGAAUGGAGCAACUGGUUCUUCAGAUUCGGAAAGCACGAUCAGUACGUUGCAGACUACUAGUAGUUCGGCAACUAGUAGUCCGACCAUUACUGAAACAACAGUUUCCGAAAGUCCUACGUCUGCGCCAACAACAACUGAAGAACAGUUGUCAGUCACAGAAGCAACUACUCAGACGGAUGGAAUAAUUACUGGAACGUCUACAUCAGCGCCAGGGAAUGAACAAAGUACAGGAACACUUGAAGUGUCUGAUCAAAGUGAAACGACCACAUUGUCAAGCGUGUUAUCAUCGAUACAGAGCACAUUGUUUAGUACUGAAUGGGCAUCGUCAACAGAGGAGCAAUCCAGUGAAAGUACGACGAUAAAUGCUGACCAGAUUACAUCUACUACUGAAGCUCACACAGAAGAAUUUCAGACCGCAACAUCGAGUAUCGAUCCUGUGAAUGUUACAGACACAGAGGAUUUAGCAACCACUGAUGCAAGUACUGACGAUGGUAACACAAUUUCCACUGUGUUAGCUUCUUCUACUACUCAGACGGCCGCUUCUAGUCCGCCCAGUACUACAGAUGGUCAGGAAACAACGACUGCUGCACAGGAAGAUGUGAAUCUUUCGACGGAUUCCCAGCCUUCCUCUGCUACCACGACUCCAAGCGAAGCUGCUACUUCCGGAAGCACAAACGUUGAAACAGAAUCGACAAUUUCUUUCGGUUCCACGCAAUUUUCCAAUCCGACGACGACUGUUGGUUCAUCGACUCAAGAAACUACUUUGGUGGAUGUGACGACAUUGUCAAGUGUGCAGGAAUCCACAUCGACUGAAAGUCAUUUUAGCGCUUCGACUGAAGAUGGGAGCAGUCCCAUUAUAACGACUUCUACCUCAUUAACAUCCGAGGUGAUAACCGAACUAUCAACUGAUCCCACUGAAUCGAUGGAGACAUCGGCUACCACGAUGGUGGAUAACAAUGUCCCAAGUACUCAAGAAAGCUUUACAUCUGACGUAAAUACACCGUCAUCAUCCGAGCCGUUGACAGACUCGCAAGUAACAACGUCUUCGCCUGAGACAACAAUUAUUCCAGAGGAACAUGGAACAGCUGGUUUUUCAGAUUCCGAAAGCCCAAUCAGUACGUUGCAAACUACUGGUAGUUCGGCAACUAGUAGUCCGACCAUUACUGAAACAACAGUUUCCGAAAGUCCUACGUCUGCGCCAACAACAACUGAAGAACAGUUGUCAGUCACAGAAGCAACCACUCAGUCGGAUGGAAUAACUUCUGGAACGUUUACAUCAGCGCCAGGGGAUGGUCAAAGUACAGGACCAUUUGAAGUGUCUGAUCAAAGCGAAACGACCACCUUGUCAAGUAUUUUUUCCGCCAUUCAAAGCACGUUGUCGUUCACUACUGGUUGGGCGUCGUCAGUAACCGAACAGACUACAGGAACCAUGCCGGCCAACGCUAAUGAUGUUUCGACUACCGUUUCUGCCCAAACUGAAGAAUCGCAGAUCACAACACUAAGUGGUACGACCGAAAGUGUCACGGAGCCACAUUUUUCAACUACUAUUGAGCCAAUUUCCGAAACAACCGCUGAUAGUGGUACAACGGCUUCUGAUAUCUUUACUGCGCAAACAACUCGAGCAACCACCACUGGAGGUCAAGAAACAACUACCUCUGCCCAAGAAGAUGUAACACAAUCUCAGUCAUCUACUGGCACAGCCUCUUCCAGCGAAACUGUAACAGACGUCACCCUUGACAGCGAGACGACGACUUCCUUCAGUUCCACAUCUUUCGCUAGUCCGUCAACGACUGAAAUACCACCAAGUCAAGAAACUACUUUAGGUCUGACGACCACGUUAAACGAGGCUACAUCGACAGAAAAUCAAUUUAGUGCCAUUGGUGGUGAAACGACAGUUGAAAGCGUAGAGUCUACCGUUUCUUCUGUAUUAGCCACUACCUUACCGGCAUUCGAAGUAACAACCGAAAAGCCUUCAAGUUCUACCGAAUCGGUGCUCACCACAAUGGGAGACGAAGGAGUUUCCACCAAUCAAGGCAGCUCUACCAUUCAUGAAGAUACGUCAUCAACAUCCAAACCGCCCAUCAGCUCGACAGAGACGACACCGUUGCCUGAAACAACAACGAUUCAACAGGACAAUACAGCAGCUGGAUCUGUAAAUCCGGAGGACAGCACGGACAGUACUUUGCUGGUUACUGACAGCUCUGCAACGAGCAGACCGACCACUGUUAGUGAUGUAACUACAUUAGCAAAUACUGAAGCGACAACUGAAAAACAAGAUACCGUCACAGGGCAAGCCACAGAGUCGGAAGUUUUUACUGCUGGAACCCCUUCCACAAUGGUAGAAGAUGGGCAAACUUCAGAGGAAUCUGGAGUAUCUAACCAAAGUGAAAUGACUACUUUAUCGUCCAUUCAGGACACGUCUUUCACUACUGCAUGGUUGUCGUCAACAAGUGAACAGGUUAGCGAAAGUACAACGACCAGCGUUAACGAGUUACCUUCUACUAUUGAAACACAGACUGAAGAAUCCCAAUCGACAUUUGCUUCUUCUACUUCAAAUGUAGUGGAUCUCGAUCAUUUAACAACCAUUGAACCAUUAUCUGAGACAACUACUGACGCUACCUCUUCCAGUAUUGUUACUCUCUCUGAAACACUGUUAACAACCAGCGCUGGAGAUGUUCAGGAAACAACCACUUCAGCCCAAGAAGAUGUAACUCUUUCGACACAAUCUCAAUCCUCGUCGAGCCCAACGGCUGUCAGCGAAUCAGUCACUACUGGAAGCACAAAUCUGGAGAGCGAAUCAACGACAUCUUUCACUUCCCCGCCAGCCACUGCUCCGACAAGUCAGGCAACAACCUUAGGCGAUGUUACGCAAAUGCCGAGUGAGCCGGAAUCCACGUCGACGGAAAGCCAGUCGACCAUUGUGAGUGACGAAGUGUCUACUGUUAGUGAGACUACGAUUCCUGCGGCCUUUACCACCACGAUAGAACCCGUUACUACGCAGGAAGAAAGUCAGUCUCAAACGGAAACAAGUGAACUCCAAACGACGACAGAGAAAUUCACAAGUCCAACUGAACUUCCUCACACGGGUUUUCCCACUACUGUAGAUCCCAUCAGUGAGGAUACCUCAACGGUUAAACCCUUAACAAACGCACCGACGACGUCGUUGCCUGAAAUAACGAACACACCACAGGAAAACGUUGCAACUGAUUCUCUAUCCUCGGAGAGCACAAUGAAUACUGAUGCCUCUGUAACAAGCAGACCAACUCCUGAAGGCGAAACCCUCACAGAGAGCUUUGUUGCUAUGACGACGACAACGGAGAACCAGUUUACUGGCACCGAUUCACAGUCAGAAGUUGGCACUACCUCAGUAACGGACGGUGCUCAGAGCACGCCACAAGUCGAAGUAUCUGAGGAAACUGAAGCAACUACUUUGUCGUCAAUUUUUUCGUCGAUUCAGAGCACAUUGUCUUUCACUACUGGCUGGCCAUCGUCAACGGGUGAGCAGGUUACUGAACCCACGCUUACUAACAUUGAUGAAGUAACAGAAUCAUCCUCGUCUAUUGGCACAUCAGUUACCAGUGAAGCUUUUACAGACACCACGUUCGCUGACCACCAAUCGACGUUUUCAUUCACAACCAUUCCUGAAACAAGUAGUUCGACCACGUCUGAUGCGGCAACAAGCCAGUUACCAAGCGAUCAAGUAACAACUGAGAAAGAAGCCAACUUUGAAACGACUACUACAUUUCUUGUUACAAACACUGAUGGGGGUUUAACGACAUUUAGCGAACUUGGUGUAGCCAGCACGACGCUUGGCUCAUCUGAAACACAACCACCGUUGACCACAACUGAAAAAACCUCAGAAUCCACCACAAUGGGGGAGACGGAGCAAUUCUCUUCAACAUCAGCUACUCAAAGUGUGCCCGCCGAAAAUGUGCCUAGUACCACAGAGGCUCAAUCUCAACAAACAGAUGGUUUUCUGGGGAGUACUGAAGCCCUUGUCAGCAGUGAAAGCUCUUCCAUUGCUACUGCCAUACCCGAAGUUAUCGCCUCGACAACUGAUUCAGGAAGCAUUGUGGCUACUCUGACUUCGGAUAUGUCAACGGAUUUUCUCGAUUCGGAUUCGCACAUUUCCAGCCUUCCAGUUUCCCAAUCUACAACAGAAUCACCAACUAGUACAACAGUUCCCACUUCGAGUGAUUCUUCCAGUCUCGAUAACCUUGAAGUGUCGACACAAUCUGUUGGUACGACUUUUGUCGAAGAUCAAUCAACAACUAUCAUUUUGAACACGUCAACUCUGACACCUCUGGAGCAAACCACAUUGGAACCUACUGGCUCAACAGCAAUUCCGUUUGAAUCCUCAACGCCGUUUUCUCAAUUUGAAACUGACGAAAGUAGCCCAGCUGAAACAAUUGCCAUUAUCACUUCGACAACAGAAAUAUCGUCACCGACUGAUCAAUCGGCAACGACAGUUAAAAUUCCGUCUGACGGUACAACCGCCGAUUUUUUCAUUAGCGAAACAACUGGUUUGACUUCGGAUGAAGUGGAAAGUACCAGUUCCUUCACUUCCACUGAAUCUCCUGACACGACACCUUCCGUUACUUUCCCACAAACGAAUAACGAAGAAUUGGCUUCUUCCACUUUCAUACCCGAUGUGCCUUCAACACUUGAGUUUGAUACGGAAUCGACUUCUUCAAAACCUACAACAGAGUCUUUUUCUUUUGUAACGACUUUGGCGUCCGUUGAUACUACUCCAGUAAGUAUUGAAUCUUCUACGCAAGUAGACACCACGGUUAGCCCUGUUGAAGAUGUAUCGACGGAUGCUUCUACCGUGUCUUCGACGCAGUUGGUAACAGAGCAGACGACACCAACCACUGCGUCAGUUACGGCGACAACCAACACUGUGACAACCACAUUACAAACGGAGGACAGUAGUGAAGCUACGCCGACUACCUUCUCUCUGGUUUCAACGACAGACGUGCCAACUACGGAAGAUUCCGCAGGAGUAACCACGAUAAUACCCAGUGCCGGGCCGGCGACAGACGAUACAGAUGAAUCAAAUACUGUUAUUACAACCGUAGUCGAGGACAAUUUUGCAAGCGAAAGUUCGACUUUGGCGAGCCAAACCACAAACGGUCCAACUUUGGAGGAAGUGACGAGCACUUCCCCCUUCACAACCACUAGUUCUUCUGAGCCUACGUCUUCUAUUCCCUUUUCUGAAACGAACACCGAAGAAAUUGCUUCUUCCACUAUCUCCGAUCUUUCUUCUGCAACAGAACUGGAUACAGAAUCGACUCCUUCCAGUACAGUUACUACGCAGUUUGAAACCGAACCUUGUUCUGAAACAAUGCUUCCCUUUUCGACGGAACCUGGUACCACUGACGUAGAAACAACAUCUUCUGUAUCUUUAGUUGAGCAAGUUUCAACGCUCAAUCCUUCAGAAUUUUCAACCGAGCAAUUUGACGCACAAACUUUACAAACGACACUUAUUCCGACGAAUGCCGUAACAAUGGUGACUGAGAUCAGUACCGAGUUGACUGAACCAGUGUCUACGCUGUCUUCAAUAAACUCUUCGCCUGAAGCAACUACAGAGGAUCCCACUAGUACACCGAGUCCUGUAAGCCAGGAAACAUCGUCGCAAGCACCUAGUACCAUCACUACUGUAGAAGAAUUGUCAGUAGCAACAACUUUCGGGAUUACUACUCACACACCGAUUCCAGACGUGUCAAAUCCGACUACUAGUUCGACUUUCUUUUCAACGGUAGUAACAGACGCAACCGAAUCUUCUACAGCAUUUACAGCUACGUCGGAAGAAACCAUAAUACACAUUCCAUCCGGCAAUCUGCCUGAUUCGUUGGACUCAGACUCGCACCUUUCAGGUACUCCUGCUUCUCAACCUACAACUUCUCAACCUACAACGUCGUCGCCUACCGAAAUCACAACCACGUCGCAAGCAACUAGCACCGAUGGGUUUAUUGAAGAAGAGUCUUCAACCUCAACAACGGUGACGGAAGCUGAAAGUACAAAUGACUUUACUACAAGGCCAACAGAUGUCACAACGCCCAACUUACAAACAAACGAAGUUACGGAGAGCGCGUCCACCAGUGAACUUCAGGUAUCAACUGACGCGUUUGCAACAGAAGUGGGAUCGACAACAGAUGCAGGACUACCUGGAAUGUCCACCUCGCCAGGUGAAUUAGUAACUGUACCGGUUACCACCAUGGCCCCUGGACUCGGGUCAACAAUGAGUCCAACAGAAACAGCGACGAUGUCAUCAGAUGAGCCAACGACGGACAGCAUUUUCAGUAGUGAAACAACUGAACUGCCUUCUGAGUCUAGUGGGUCAUCUGAUUUAACUACAACUGAAGAUCCCGGUGAAUUGACAACUACCACACACGUGUCCACUGACGUUACCGUAACGCCUUCACAAACCACUGUUGCUGGUACUACGGUUACAGAUCACUUGAUUUCCGAGGUCACGAGUGAUGGCAUUACGUUAAGCACGGUUAUACCAGAAACUACUACUGAUUACGUUUCGCUUGUCACGAAUAUAAUUACGGAUCACACGACAGAAACCGUAACAACGCAACUUGAUUCAGAAACGACGUUUAGCACUCUUCCUUCUACUGUGUUUUCUACAACAUUCCAGAGUACAACCUCAGAUGUCACGAGCGAAGCUGUAGAUCUAAAUGAAGUCACAACAGAGAUUACAACAGCAGUUCCUUGUGAUACCACGACCAUCGAAGGAAUAACUACCGAUUCAGCGUCUCAAGUUACAGAAGAAACCACUCCCUUCGACUGUGACUCGACUACAACCCAAGAAACCCCUUCCACGAUUUCGGAUAGUUCAACCGAGAAGCCUUUUAUACCAACAGAACAAACAACAAUUAGAACUACCAUAUUACCCGAUACGACAGUAUCUGACUCUGUAGCAGUAACGACACAAUCGUUCGAGGGCACAACAGAAGAUAGCACAACUGCUGAAACUGUUGUUAUCGAAACAGAUGCCGGUAUAACCGAGUUUAGCACAGAUGAGCCAACCUCUGAUUGUGAUGACGAAGAAGUCGACACAUCUACUCCCGAAAUGCCAAUGGAAUCAACCAGUCAGUUUUCUUCUGAAGCUAUGAUGACGGCAUCUACAGCCAUGGAUUCAACAACCACGGAAUCCUCUACUUCCACAAAGCCAUUUGAGGUAACCACGUCUGGACCGGAAAGUGAAACGGAAAUUUCUUCAACAUCCUCUGAAUCGGCAGUUACCGUUGAGACAGAUGUUACAACCGAAUUAUCGGUAGGAAGCACAAUAGUACAAACCGAAGGUUUUAUUACUGAUGUGGCAACCGAGGCUACAACAGUAGUGACUGAAAAAACCACUGAGGUAGUUAACGCGCUGCCUACCGAGGAAUCAACUCAACUGUUAACUGACGAACCCACCGAGGAGCCUACAACUGAAUUCAGUAUAACCACCGAUGUAACUACUGGAGAACCCACGAUGUUGCCUACGGAGCAACCAACUGAUCUGCCUACCACAGAAUCGUUUACGGAAACACCAAUCGAGGUUACUUCUGCUCCUACCGAAGCUGCCACCGAGGCUCUUACUGAAGCUCCUACCAAAGAACCGACUGAGGCUUCUUCUGAAGAACCAACUCAGGUUCCUACUGAAGAACUGACUGAGGCCCCCAUCGAAGAACCGACCGAGUCCCCUAUUAAAGAGCCCACUGAAGCUUCUACUGAAGAACCGACUGAAGUUCCUACCGUAGAACCAACUGAGUCUCCUACUGAAGAACCAACUGAGGAUCUCACGGAAGAAACGACUGAGACUCCUACCGAAGAACAGACUGAGGCUCCCACCGAAGAACCGACUGAGUCCCCUACUAAAGAGCCCACUGAAGCUUCUACUGAAGAACUGACUGAAGCUCCUACCGUAGAACCGACUGAGUCUCCCACUGAAGAACCAACUGAGGCUCUCACCGAAGAACCGACUGAGACUCCCACCGAAGAACCGACUCAGGUUCCUACUGAAGAACUGACUGAGGCCCCCAUCGAAGAACCGACCGAGUCCCCUAUUAAAGAGCCCACUGAAGCUUCUACUGAAGAACCGACUGAGUCUCCUACUGAAGAACCGACUGAGUCUCCUACUGAAGAACCGACUGAAGCUCCUACCGAAGAACCGACUGAGGCUCCCACCGAAGAACCGACUGAGGCUCCCACCGAAGAACCGACUGAGGCUCCCACCGAAGAACCAACUGAGGCUUUUACCGAAAUUCCUACUGAAACUCCCACCGAAGAACCGACUGAGGCUCCCACCGAAGAACCGACUGAGGCUCCCACCGAAGAACUGACUGAGACUCCCACCGAAGAACCAACUGAGGCUCCUACCGAAGAAACAACUGAGGCUCCCACCGAAGAACCGACUGAAGCUCCCACCGAAGAACCGACUGAGACUCCUACCGAAGAACCGACUGAGGCUCCCACCGAAGAACCGACUGAGGCUCCCACCGAAGAACCGACUGAGACUCCUACCGAAGAACCGACUGAGGCUCCCACCGAAGAACCGACUGAGGCUCCCACCGAAGAACCGACUGAGGCUUCCACCGAAGAACCGACUGAGGCUCCCACCGAAGAACCGACUGAGACUCCCACCGAAGAACCAACUGAGGCUCCUACCGAAGAAACAACUGAGGCUCUCACCGAAGAACCGACUGAGGCUCCCAUCGAAGAAACAACUGAGGCUCCCACCGAAGAACCGACUGAGGCUCCUACCGAAGAACCGACUGAGGCUCCCACCGAAGAAACGACUGAGGCUCCCACCGAAGAACCGACUGAGGCUCCCACCGAAAUUCCGACUGAGGUUCCUACCGAGAUUCCAACUGGGGUUCCUACCGAAAUUCCGACUGAGGUUCCUACCGAAAUUCCGACUGAGGUUCCUACCGAAGUUGAAGCACUCACUGAGAUGCCUACUGAUUCACCCACUGAGGUUUCAACGCAGGUGCCAAGUGAUUUAUUACCUGGAGUUACUGGAAUAAUGACGGAAACACAAACUGAGGUGCCUUCAACUCAAAAACCAGCCGGACUUGUUACCACUAUAACACCGACUGAAUUACCGAUGACCAUUAAACCAACUACGCCUCCAACACAAGCUCCAACUACACAAACAUUUUUUACUACUGAACACCAAGUCAGCGAUCCCACAACGUUGGUAGACAUUGGUAAUCUUCAGCAAAAUGGAACUCAGUUGACUACAUUGAUCAUGGAAAUCACAACCGAGCCAGACCGCAUUGAAACAACAACACAGAUGUUCACACCUACCACCGCUUCUCCUACACUACAGGAAUUUACGACUGUAACGGACAUGACAACUACGAUGGUGCCCAUUACUGAUAUCACACCUCCUUUUUCUAUUGCGGUUGUGCCUAAGCCGCCACCCCCCAGUUUCGUUUUCGUACCCCCAUCUUCGUCUAGCUCUGGCUCGUCUUCAAGUUCAUCAUCAGGCACAUCAUCAAGUGACUCGUCAAUCAGUAGCGGACCGUCUUCACCAUGGGGGGCUUUGAUCCCGAUCUGGAACGCUUUUCCAGUGUUGGGUAUAGCAGCCUUCAUUAUAUCAGCGCCUUUCCUUCUUCUGCUGACUGUUUUAUUUGUUGGAACACCAUUUGGAAGAUCUAUCGAUGGUGGAGGUGAUUUGCUACUAGGACUUUUCAAUGACCUAUACGAAGAUCGGACGCUAGACCAUCCUUGGUUAAUUGCCAAAAUUUUAUCGCAAAUGUUUCCCGAAGAAUAUAGUCCGUCUAGCAAAGAAGAAAGGAUGGUUCUCACCAAAUAUGUUGCUAAAAUGUUCCCGGAGCAACUCGAAAAUUUGCAAAACUGGGAAGAAUUAUCUAUACCUAGCGUUUUGAUUCAUUUGCUGCCGGAGAAAUUUGCUCAAGUGGAUUAUAAGCAUCUGAAUAAAUACCUUGCUGACGAUACCGUUAAUUAUACCGAGACGGAGAACCUUAGACGGCUUAUGCUUGGCUUCCUGACUUAUGCGAAAGAACACGUCCCGGAAUUCGCCCAGAAAUACAUCACGCCAGACGUUGAACAAAAGCUGAGAGAAAUUGUGAAAAAUUCUGCUUUGAUUACGCGAAUGAAGGACGCUAUUCCCGACUCCAGCAACUUGGAUAACGAAUGGCUUUUUGACCGACUUAUGUUCAAAAUCAAGAAUUUUAAGAAGUCCGAAGAGGAAAUUGAAAUGUUAGCUUCCACGGAACCUACAACGCAAGGAACUACACAGACUUCGUCGCGUCCUACCACAACUUCUGUAUCACCACCGCCGAAAUGUCAAUGGGGUCCUAUUCUCUGUUCGAUUAAUCGAGUAUCAUUCCAACGCAAUGCAGAAAAGCGUGGUGAUAUGGAUUCUGUAAACGCAAAAGAAAUUGUGCCCCGGCAACCAAAACAAGUUCCGCAAUGGCUUCGGACAACCAGGAAGAAGAAUCAAACGGAGAAGAUUCUUCGCACCAAGACCCAACGACCAGGAACGAAUGCACUGUUUCGUCGUUUCCUCUUUGAUCCCUUCCGUGCUUGAUUGCAACACAGUAAUUCUAAUUGAAAAUCACGCAUGCUGCACAUAAAGAUACUCGUUUAUCAUUGUUUAUUCAAGUAAUGUUUUCAAAUUUUAACAUUAUACGAUAAUUUUUCCCCACUUCGCACUUCUUUCGCCCGAACACGAGCUUGUUUCGCUUCCCCAAUAUUCAGCAAUUUGAGUGCAGUUGAGUGGGAAGUGAUCUGGGAGAUUUGGAUGAAUAGUUUAUUUAAGUUUAAAAGAGCACUGAUUAUUUAUUUUUUUUUCGUUGACUUGUUUUAUUGUUGAGAUUCUAUUUAUUAGUUAUUUUGUUAUGUAUUCAUAAAUAAAAAUGGAGUGUUAUGCAACUUAUGUCCGGAAGUAACAAUACACUCUAAAAUUUCA